UUAACAUUAUACAUUCUAACAUUGGUAAGAUGUCAAACCAAAGAAAACCAAUCCUUCCUCUAUUACUUGAAAAGAAACCAGUUGAGCUUGUUAAACCCGCAAAACACACUUCUUGUGAAACUCUCUCCCUUUCUACUUUAGACAACGAUCUUUUCAAUGAAGUUAUGUACGCAACGAUCUACGUUUUCAAAGCAAACCAAAAGAACCUAAAUGAUCCUGUCUCUUUGCUUAGGAAGGCUUUGUCCGAACUUCUUGUGCAUUACUAUCCUCUUUCAGGCAAGCUGAUGAGAGAUGAGAGUAAUGGAAAGCUUCAGUUGGUUUAUCUCGAAAACCUCGAUGACCAAGUUGCAUUGCGGCUUGUGCCUGAUAUCGAAAUCGACUACGAAAGCAACGUUUGUUACCACCCUCUAGCUUUGCAGGUUACCAAGUUUGCCUGUGGAGGAUUCACCAUUGGCACCGCACUGACACACGCUGGGUGUGACGGAUACGGUGUGGCUCAGAUCAUCCAUGCCUUGACCGAGUUGGCUGCCGGAAAGACUGAGCCAUCGGUGAAGCCAGUGUGGCAGAGAGAGCGGCUUGUCGGAAAAAUUGACAAUAAACCAGGCAAAGUGCCCGGUAGCCACAUUGAUGGUCUUUUGGCCACCUCACCAUAUUUGCCAACUACUGAUGUCGUCACGGAGAUAAUAAACAUUCCCGCUGGAGAUAUUAAAAGGCUUAAAGACUCUUUGAUGAGGGAAUGUGAGUACCUUAAAGAGAGUUUCACUACUUAUGAAGUACUAAGUUCUUACGUAUGGAAAUUAAGAUCUCGAGCUCUAAAACUAAACCCUGACGGGAUCACUGUCCUUGGCGUGGCUGUUGGAAUCCGACAUGUUUUGGACCCACCACUUCCUAAAGGAUACUACGGUAACGCGUACAUAGACGUCUACGUGGAGCUAACCGUGAGAGAACUCGAAGAAUCAUCAAUCUUUAACAUCGCGAGUCGUGUGAAGAAAGCGAAGAAAACAGCCUAUGAAAAGGGGUAUAUUGAGGAAGAGCUAACUAACACGGAGAGAUUGAUGAGGGAUGAUGCGAUGUUCGAAGGGGUAAGCGAUGGAUUAUUUUUCUUGACGGAUUGGAGGAAUAUUGGUUGGUUCGGAUCGAUGGAUUUCGGUUGGGAUGAGCCAGUGAAUUUACGGCCAUUGACCCAACGGGAGAGCACAGUGCACGUAGGGAUGGUCUUGAAACCUUCAAAAUUGGAUCCAUCAAUGGAAGGUGGAGUUAAAGUGAUCAUGAAGUUGCCGAGAGACGCAAUGGUUGAAUUCAAGCGAGAGAUGGCAGCUAUGAACAAACUUUAUUUUGGUGAUACCAACUAAAUUAAUUAGUUGGUACCGGAGUGAAUUUCUGUGUUUGUUAAUGAAUGCUUUUAAAUUAAUGUCAGUGAAUAAUGGAUGAAUAUAUGUAAUGUUCAAUAUCAUAAUGUAAUACUUGAUCUGUUCAUGUCAUGAAUAAUGAAUAAUGAAGUUCGGUAUUUCCA